AUGGUGAACGCCGAGGAACAGUACAAGCUCUCGCAGGAGCAAAUCGACUUCUUCCUAGAGAAUGGGUGGUUGAAGUUGAGUAAUUGCUUCACACGAGAGCAAGCAGAGGGACUACAAGAGACGCUUUGGACGAGGUUGGGUAUGGAUCCCAAUGACAUGUCGACAUGGCAUACCGAGCGAACAAAUAUGCCCUUCUUCAACGAGUUCUCCGUUGAAGAGUUUGCACCAAAAGCGUGGGCCGGCAUCUGCAACCUCCUCGGCGGUAGCGAUCGCGUCGAUUCCAAUGCAUCGACGUGGAAAGACGGCUUCAUUGUAAACCUUGGAACAAAGGAGGGCCACAACAAGGUUAUCCGCCCACAAGAACUUCCUGGCUGGCAUGUCGAUGGCGAUUUCUUCGUGCAUUACCUUGAUUCGCCUGAGCAAGCGCUGUUGGUCAUUCCACUGUGGACGGAUAUUGUUGCGGGCGGAGGUGGGACCUACAUCUGCCCGGGAGCCAUUCCAACGGUGGCGAAGCAUUUGUACGAGAAUCCUGAGGGAGUCAGUCCGAGGAUGACGCCACGGGCGCAAAACCCAGAAUUUGUGCAAGAGCAAGGGCUAAAGUGGUUUAACGAUCUUGCCGCCAGCAUGCCUGAUGAAGCUUUCGUCGAAGCUACUGGUGUAGUCGGCGAUGUCUACCUUCUGCAUCCGCUGAUGCUGCACUCCGCUUCCAACAAUCAACUUCGAAAAGUCCGCGUCAUUACCAACCCGCCGGUGUCGGUUAAAGAGCCUUUUGUGUUUGAUCGCGCGGAUGGGAAUUACAGCGCCGUGGAGCGCAAGACGAUGAAAGCGCUGGGUAAAGACAGGAUCGAGGGGUUCAAGAUUACUGGAAAGAGGCAACAGGUCAUUCCUGAGCGCGUGAGAAUUCAGGAGGAGAUGAAGAGAAAGGAAGAAGAGCGGUUGCGCAAGUUAAAGGAAGGAGCGGGAAUGGAUGAAGCGAAGGAGGCGAGCCAGAGGGUUGCUCCUGUUGCGUAA